ACCUAAAUAAGACAACUAGUAUUUCUAAGUACUUACAUAUUGAAAAUUUUUUAUUGCAUAUGAGUUUUUAAUUUUUUAAAUAUCAAAUAGUGAUUUUUAAAUGUAAAACAAUGAUUACGCUAAAUCUAUUGACAUAUUUCAUAUUAGUCAUUUUAUUUAAUUUUACAAUUUGCAAAACAUGGAAUAGUAAUUUGCAACAAAGAUACGAUGGAUAUGGUCAGGAUUGGAUUUUUAUGCCUGAUGGAAAUGAUCAACCACAGGUUGCAGUACUAAAACGCGCAGAAAAUGAUGAACGAGACAUUUUUGAUGAAUCAGAAAUAUCUUUUAUUCUUUAUACUAGAUAUGGUUCUAAAAAUGGUACUCAAUUAUAUACGAACGAUACCAAAGAACUACAAAAUUCUAAUUUUGAUCCAUCUCGACAAACGAAGUUUAUAACGCAUGGAUGGAAAUCGAGUGCAAUGAGUACUAAUAUCGCCAAUUUGAAAGAUGAAUAUUUAAAACAUAAUGAUUACAAUAUCAUUAUGGUUGAUUGGCAACCUUUGGCUGCAAGCACAUUUUAUCUUGGACCAAUGCAAAAUACAAAACUGGUAGGAAAAGCAGCUGCUGAAUUUAUCGACUUUUUAGUUGCAGAAACUGGCCUUGAAACUGAAAAUAUUCAUUUUCUUGGACAUUCUCUUGGAGCGCAUGUAGCUGGUAAUACGGGAAGUUCAAUAACUUCUGGUCAUUUAGGAAGAAUAACAGGUUUAGAUCCUGCUUUGCCUGGAUUUCAUUUACUUACAUCCAAUAAAACUCGAUUAGAUCCUUCAGAUGCGAUAUUUGUUGAUAUUAUUCAUUCUUGUGGUGGAAUCUUAGGAUUUCUACAACCUUUAGGCAGCGUAGAUUUCUAUCCAAAUGCAGGAACACCUAUUCAACCUGGUUGCUGUUGUAUUCCAGAAAUAAUAGAGGCAUGUAGUCACACUCGAGCGACUAUAUAUUUUACCGAAAGUAUUAGUUCUAAAACUGGAUUUGUGGCGAAUAAAUGCGAUACGUGGAAUCAAUUUAUGCAAGGAAAUUGCAAUUACUCCAAAACUACAUUGAUGGGAGAAUAUGUUGAUAAAACGGCUACUGGAACUUAUUUUCUUGAAACAGGAUCUGAACCUCCUUAUGCCAUAUCAAAAGAAAUAACUGAUAAUAUGAUUUAAAAAAAUUAUUAAUAUUUUAAAAUGAAUGUAGAUAAAGGAGUAUCUUUAUUAAGAAUAACUUGAAGUAAAUGUGGUGGCAAUAUUGGUGGACCGGCAACUUUCUCCCAAGGUUUAUGAGGAGGAAUUUCUUGUCCAUAUUCCGUCUGUGCGCUACUUGUAACACCUUCACUAUCUUUUGCAAGAGCUUGGAAAACUUCAAAAUCAGAUUUUCUUACAGAUACUAAAUUAUUUUUGGAACCCAUACCAUUAUCAACAAUUUUCUAUAGUAUAAAAAGUUUCAAUUAAAACAUAUAUGAAUUAAAGAAUAUUUUAAUAUCACUUAAGAUUAAUAAAAUAAUUUCUUACAA